CCCUACCAUUAGCUGGGAUGGUUCACAACUGACAUGAGCUGGUCAGAAAAUUAUGACUUGCACAAAGGUGCCUGUGGGCCUGGGGCAGUGCAGGACUGCUAUAAAAGGCAGCCCAAGUCUCUGCUCUCGCAUCCACUUCUCUCACCUCCUUCUCCUCGGCAAUCAGGUGCCCCUGUGAGCCAGAGACAUGUCGUGCUGCCAGCCCUGCAACCCUUGCUGCCAGCCCUGCGGCCCGACCCCGCUGGCCAACAGCUGCAAUGAGUGCUGUGUCAGGCAGUGCCAGAGCUCCACUGUUGCCAUCCAGCCCUCUGCUGUGGUGGUGACCCUGCCCGGGCCCAUCCUCAGCUCCUUCCCACAGAACACCGUGGUGGGAUCCUCCACCUCCGCUGCCGUUGGCAGCAUCCUCAGCUGUAAUGGAGUGCCCAUCAACUCCGGGGGCUUUGACCUCUCCUGCAUCACCAGCUGCUACCGUGGCAGAUGUCCCCCCUGCUAAAGCUGCUGGCAACGUCCUGGGGCAAGAACCUGCAAGACCUCACAACAUGGGGCUGGACUGAAAACAGAACUUUGAGACACUGUAUUUGGAGCUUCAUGAUGACGUUUCCUUUUCCCGCUCUUCCAUCUCUUUCCUUUGUUGUCUGUUGUCCUUCCUCCCUUUGCAAGGCGGGCAGAUGGACACCCUGCAGGAGCUCAACUGCACCUUAGUGGCUGUUCCUGGGGCUCGUUGUGAGCCACCUCCUUUUCUUCCUUAAACUCAAUAAAUCUGUUGUGCAUCC